GAAAAAAACAUCAGAUUCCCCCCCCCCCCCCCCACCCCCACGCCCCACAUAACAUUGUAAUUUUCAAUACGUCGAUUCUUUUUGAUUUUUCUUAAAGACGCGUUGACUGUAAGGAUAAAGUGUUAAUUAGGGUUUGCUAAUUGGGAGGAUUAAUUAUCCGUUUGAUCGGAUUAGCUUCUUCCACGGCGUUUCCAUAUCGAAGGGUUGGGUCUAGGGUUAGGGCGAUGCGAAUGGAAGCGUCCGGUGCAAAUUCGGACGCACACAGAGGUAUUUCUUCAUCGAGUAGUAACAAUAUUGGUAAUUCUAGAAGGCAUGGAGUACAAUUAUCUGCUGCUAAUUUAUUGCGUUCGCCAUUAUCCACGCUGUUGGAAUAUUCUGGAAUUCUAAGGACAAGAUCAAGUAAUUCAGAAUCGGAUAGUUUGAUAAACAGUGGGGUCACUUCUAGCUACCGCGAUCAAUUUCAGCCCCGCGUGGAUGAUGCUGGGGCAUCACCAGCUUCUGCCGGUGGCUCCGGUGAAGUUUCCAUUCGGAUUAUCGGUGCUGGCGAGCAGGAUGGGCCACUGAGGGAAGCGGAUGGGCAAAAUGAUGUUUUGGGGAGGCCAAUUUCGAGGUCGGGGUCUGCAGCUUCGGUGGGAGCAUUGGAGAGUCAAACGGGUGAUAGAGGGGCGGGAGAUGGAGUCUCGCAGCAGGUGAAUGGAAACGCUGAUACAGGGCCUACAGAUGCUAAUAAUAGGGAGCCUUCUUACCAAAGAUACGAUAUACAACAAGCUGCAAGGUGGAUCGAGCAAAUUAUUCCGUUCUCUUUGCUUUUGUUGAUUGUUUUCAUUCGACAGCAUUUGCAAGGUUUUUUUGUUACAAUUUUGAUUGCGGCUGUCAUGUUCAAGUCAAAUGAUAUUGUAAAGAAGCAGACUGCACUUAAGGGUGAGAGGAGAAUCUCUGUUCUGGUCGGCGUAUGUCUUUUGUUCGGCGGUUAUGUAAUUGGGUUUUAUUGGUGGUACCGUAAUGAAGAUCUUUUGUCUCCGUUGCUGAUGCUUCCACCAAAGGCCAUACCUCCUUUUUGGCAUGCCAUCUUCAUGAUCAUGGUGAACGAUACUUUGGUCCGCCAAGCAGCAAUGAUCUUCAAAUGUCUUCUUCUGAUGUAUUACAAGAAUAGCAGGGGCCGUAACUACCGUAAGCAGGGUCAAUUGUUAACUUUGGUUGAGUACCUUCUACUGCUAUAUCGCGCUUUGCUCCCAGCUCCAGUUUGGUAUCGUUUCUUUUUGAACAAGGAAUAUGGAAGCCUCUUUUCAUCAUUAAUGACGGGGCUGUAUUUAACUUUCAAGCUUACUUCUGUUGUCGAGAAGGUCCAAUCCUUCUUUACAGCUUUGAAAGCACUGUCACGUAAGGAGAUUCAUUAUGGAGUAUAUGCGACUUCUGAACAGGGUGUUGGAGAAGUUCCCUUCUGUUCUAGAAUGGAAAAAAGAAGAAGCAGUUCAUGCCUUGCUCUCUAUCUUUUUUAUGGGCAGGCAGCCACAUAUUCUAGUGUGCCCUAAAGUAACGCGGUAUUUUGUCCCGGGCGGGGGGGGGGGUAGGUGGAGGUUGGGGGCAGUGAGAUUAUUUUGGCGGAAGAAACAAAAGAUAGAAGAACUUUUUGAGUCAAAGGAGGAGAUGAGAUGAGGGAAAAGAAACCUUGGUAAGAAAGGGAAAGAAAGAAGUUAGAGAACGAGAGGAAGAAGAGGUGAAGAUAAAAGAUUGAUUAAUUUAUAUAGAACCAUAUAUCAUGAUCUUUCUGAAAAAAGUACUAUAUAAAAUGAUUUAUGGGCAAUGCCAAACACUCUGAGAGAGUGGAUGAUCAGUCGGAAGAGCGUGAGAAGGAGGAGAAGACGAAGGGCAUGGAUAUGGCACCACUAGCGGUAAUGUGGGUUGUUUGGAGAGAGAAAUAGGAGAGCUUUUGAAGGUGUAGAGCUGAGCUUCUCUUAGUUGAGGAGUAGUCUUUGUUCCCUUAUUUUCUUUUGGUGCACACAAAACGUUCCUUGUUGUAUAGAUGAAUGGGUGGAGUUUGUGGAGAAUCAUAUCGUUUUGUAAAUUCUCUACUCUUUUGUAUAUCUCUUAUCUAAGGCCGUUGUGACCA